AUGGCCGCAGAACACCAUGGCAGGCCUGCUGCCGCUGCCGCUCCGAACGCGCCGCCUCCCUCCACGCUAGCCGCGCAGCUGGUUGAGAACAUCUCGGCGUCGACAAAAUCCACGCGAUCCGACGAGAAUGCCGAGCUGAAGAGGCUGUUUGCCGUGAUAGAGAAGGUCAAGAAUAAGCCCGACCUACUGAAGGAUGCCGAGCAGCGGACAGAGCACAACCACAUGCUUAUCUACGUCUACGCCCGCGUCGUCCUCGAAGGGAUCAAGCUUGACGACCCGUUUGCCGACCGGAACCACCUGCGAAACGAGGCACUCAAGGCCAUCAACUUUCUGAAAGUUACGAUCGAGGAGACGCCAAACGUCCUGAGUCAUACUACAGAUGGGAAACAGUUUGUGUUUCGCGGGGAGGAGCCGCUUUGGAUUUGGGUCUUCCCCAAGAUCCUUAGGCUACUGGGGCAUUCUCGCUGCCUCGACCUGACGGCGCCCAUUGAGGGAUUCUUCCAAUUCGUGAUUCUCGCGGUUAUCCGCACGGGGUCUAUGUGGAAGCUGCUCUCGUCCAUAACACUAUACCUGCGCGAGACCAGCAGUGCCCUUCUCAACCAUCUGCAAGAUAUGGCACCGAGUGCGGCUGGAAGGGACGUUUCCAUAGACAUCACAUUGCCUUCAGCCGCUGCACUGGAGCUCUUGCUGGGGAAACCCGGCACCCUUUUUGUUCAACAGACCACAUACACCGUCCAGCAUGUCUCGCAGGCCCUGCGCCAAGCUACGACGUUGAUAUCAGCCUUGGCACACCAUUCAAUAUCUAAAACUUCGAGUUCCGUAUCGCGAUCAUCGCUGUCAGAACUGACGCCUUGGCUGCUCGAUUCCUUGCUUUCCAUCCGUGCUGUACAGAACACCUGGCAAGCCGUUGCGCCCAGCCCUAGAGCCGACUUGCUAGAAAUCGCUCUAAAUUUGCUUCCGAACAAGCCUUCCCCUGCACGGAAAUCCUUGGCCUCGCAAAAGGCGUACGCGUUGCUGGCGUUGCUUUGCGCUGAGCUUUCCGCGCAUCCAGAUGAAAUCCUGGGGAUUGAUGAAAAGAGCCUGACGGCGAGGAAGACAUUGUCCCUGGCUCUCAUACGUCUGGCUCAUGCGUCACUUGUAGACCGGGAGAUUGGCAGAAUAGCGGCACCGAAAAUUGUCUUCCCGCUCGAAUUGGCGUGCUCCGAAGUGCCUUCGCUGGGUGAAGCUCAUGAUUUCUCGCGUUCUAUUCGAGUUCUUAAGCAAGCCUCCACGUCUGUCGUUCCUGACUCACUUGACCCGGAUACACAACCAGCACGCUUCACUGAUCCUGAACUUUGCCAGGCUGUUGAAGAUCUUGGCAUCGGAAACCAUGCCGCCGAGGAAGGGGAGCCCGCGCCCAAACGCAGAAAGGUCUCGAUGGGUGCUGGCGAGCUUGAUGAAUGGACUGCACGUCUUUAUGAAGUUCUUCAAGCAGACCCUAUCCCCGAGAAUGGGACUCUAGAGCAUACCUUCCUGUGA